AAAACAAGAAAUAAGUCAUUAGUUGUAUACAGUAAAACUUCUGUUAACGGUCACCUCUAUGUAACAGUAAUUUUUUUUUGGUCCCGUCAAGUGUUAUGGGAAAAAUAAAUAAAUUCCUCUGUAUAGCGGGCACUCUAAAUAAUGGUCAAAUUAUAAGAUAAAAUAAUAGAAAAUAUGUACAUGUGUAUGGUUUGCCCAAAUUAUUUAUGGCAGUUUAUAGUUAUCUUAUCAAACUUUUACAAUAACGUUAUGGACACGCCGGGUCUGUGUAUUUUAUUAUGUCUUAUUAGUUGUCAGUGUCAGUUGAAAACGUUUUGAAGUGCGUGGUUAUGAUGACGUCCAAACUAAAACACCUAACUGUAGGAAAAAAAAUGAGGCUGUUAGAAUAUUAUGAAUAAGAAAAUGUGAGCGCGAGUGCUCUUGCAGAUAAAUUUGGAAUAGCGAGAACUCAAGUCACCAAUUUAAUAAAAAAAUAAAGAUUUGGUUUUAAAACAAUGGAAUCCAACGAUAAUGAAUAAUGAUGUAAUGAAAACUAUAAAAUGUCAUAAAACCAAAUAAAUUAAUAAUAUCAUUGAUGCUGUGUACGAAUAGUUUUGCAAAUUAUUGUGUAUGUAUUUGGUUUUUUUAUAUGCACUCUAUAUAGUGGUAAUCUGGAUGUAUUGCACUUCUAUUAACGACCACCUCUAAAUAGCGGUCAUUCUUUUUGGGCUCUUCGGUGACCAUUACAUGGAAGUUUUACUGUAAUACUAAAAAUCAAUUCUUCUGCUGAUUGUAACAAAUUGCAAAAAUAUUUAGAUAUUCUUGUUGAAUGAUUCACGUUGCUUAGCAUAUCCUUCAAUAUUACUAAAUGUAAAACCAUCACAUACACAAGAUGUGUCUCUCCUAUUUAUUGGAUUUAUAAUAUUACUGGCACCCCCUUAUCUCGGAUCUUUGAUGUAACUAAUGAUCUUGGUUUUCAACUAACAAAAUGUCUUAACCAUAGCCCGCUAUAUGUAACUAUAUGCUAUAUAGCUCUAAAAAUGUUGGGUUUUGUAAUGAGACUUUCUAAGGGGCUCCAGUUUCAAAAAUCUAUUAAAGCACUGUAUUGAGCUUUGUUAUGUCCAAUCUUAGAGUAUAGCUCCGUAAUCUGGGAUCCAUAUAACUCUGGUGACUCUAACCAACUGGAAAGGGUACAGCAUAAAUUUCUGAGAUUUGUAGUGUAUACCUCGAGGAUACUUCAUGUUGAAUACGACUACUCUCUUGUGGCAAACCAGCUUAAUCUUCCCUCGGUGGCCGAUCGUUGUCGUUAUGCAAACCUGAAAUUUAUUAAUUUAUCUGUCUGGCGUGAUCGACUCAACAACUCUUUUAUCACUUAUUAAUUUUAAAGUUCUUUUUUGCCAAACCUGUUCACAUGUUCCAUUUCACAUUUCCACAUCCUCCACCAAUUAUAUUUCAAUGAACCAAUCCUUAGAUUAAUGCAUGCAGAUGAUUUGGACCCCCUUCUGUAGUUUAAAAUUCUAAUUUAUACUGUUGUGUACCAUAUUUGAAUUGUAAUUAUGUCUACCAUUUAUAAAAAAUGGUUUAUCUGUAAAACAAUAAACAAUAAAUAGUAAUAUAAUGUUAUUUUGUACCACUAAAACGGUUGUCUAAUCUCUAUAAUUUAUAGUACGUGAGCGUGACAUUUUUGAAAAUUUACAAGGGGGCGUAGACCAAAACGGUUGGGAACCACUGAUCCAAGGCAUUGCUUAGGCUUUAUUACUAUUUUCAUUUUAAAGUGAGUAAUAACUAUGUAAUAGCCAAAAUUAAAACCUAAAAUAUGCCUCAAAUAAUAUUCUUACCUUUAAAUUUGAUUUUAGUUCAAUUUACUCUAAUGUUAAAGCUAACAACCUAAAAUUGGUUUUAAUGGAUGCACAUUUGCUAUGUUUUCAGUAUGGAACCACAAAUGAAGGUGAAAUAUGGUGACCUCUUAGGAAUGCAGAUCAAAUGGAGAUCUGUGUUGAUAGUGUGGAAUCUGCUAUUAAUGCGGUUAAUGGAGGAGCUCAUAGAUUAGAGCUAUGCAGUGCACUAAGUGAAGGAGGAUUAACACCAUCAUUGGGACUUUUGAAAACAUUAAAAACCAUGGUUUCAAUUCCUAUUUUUGUUAUGCUUAGACCAAGGUGUGGUUAUGAUUUCCAAUAUUCAGAUUUAGAAAUUAGAGUUAUUCUUGAAGAUUGUACUUUAUUCAAAAAUGCUGGAGCUGAUGGAUUCGUAUUUGGUGCUCUUACUUCAACCGGUUAUAUUGAUAUUGAUGCGUGUGUUUCAGUAAUUUUAACGGCUCAACCAUUACCUGUUACAUUCCAUCGUGCAUUUGACGUAGCUACCCAAGAUCCAAUCGAAAUGGCACAAGAAAUAGCUGAUUUGGGUUUUAAACGCUUACUAACCAGUGGUAGAAGUCCUGUAGCAGUUGAUGGACAGUGGUUAAUUAAAGCUUUGAUCGAAACCAUGAAAAAUCGUCUAAUUAUAAUGCCUGGAGCUGGUAUUCAAGUUGAAAAUCUUAAAGAUAUCCUCGGCACUACAUUAGCACAUGAAUUUCACGGAUCAGCAAAGGAAGUGAAACAAUAUCCAAAUAAAAAUAAUACAAAAUUGCAUUCAAUUUAUAAAGAAGCCCCCAUUUAUGUUACAGGUCGUGAUACUGUACAAAAAUUACUUAAUAUUUAUAAAAAUCAUUUGAAACUAGAAUAAGAUAUAAAUAAUAAUAAAAAUAAGAUGUACCUAAUUAAAAAACUAUGUCACAAAUAACCUUUAAUUUUAUAGUAACUAAAUACAAUUAUUUAUUUUUAAUGUUAUUAUUGUUGUAUUGUUAAAAAAUAACAAUGAAAUACAAUUUAUCGUGCUCAAUUAAA